GUGGACGGUGGUAUAAAGAGGAAGGAAGGAACCAGCGAGAGGAUAGCCGAGGGUUUAAGCGACAGAGAGACGGAGAGAGAGAAGCAGAGGAGGAAGGGCAGAGGCGGGGAGGAAGCAGUUGGUUCCGCCGAUCCAGGACCAGGACGGAAACCGCAAGGAAACCGAUGAAAAGGAUUCCUGGGCAGGUGCUCAUCAAUCUUGGGUGACUCGUUUCAGAUGCUCCUUGGAGGUGAUCUCACUCCCCUAUAAUACCCAAUCAAUCUCCACCGUUUCUUCCCCUACUAUGGCUAUGGCAACUCCUCCUCCAUCAAACCACCCGGCUUCAGAUAAAGCUUAUAUAUGUGCUCGUUUACUGCCUGCGAAAGCCGUCCUUUGGAGUGAGAUCAAGACAUGGUGGUGCGGAAGAGGUUGGAUUAUGGAUCUCGUGGCCACCAGGUUCCCGCCAUGCCACGCGUUCCAAGCUCUGCUCGGGGGAAACGCUCAGCCAGGAGAAAGAAAGAUGAGAUGUCCCCGUUUGAUUUGCUCGCGACCGUCGCAGGAACGCUGUUAGUGGAUCAUGAGAAUUCAUCUAAUAAUGCUCCUAGCAUCAAUGCAGCAGCUUUGACCUAUGCCAGGAAAAGGAAAUCAGUUAAAGCUGAGCAGUGUGAUGACGCUCCGCCGCUCAAAAGCAUUGCCGUGGAGAGCUGUAUAGCGGGUUCUGGUGGUGUGUGUGCCUCUCCUAGGCAAUCUAACAUCUGCUUGGCAGAAAACUCGUCGACACGAAAUGGUACUGACACAGUGUUAGAGUCACUAACCGUGAAACCAGAUAUGUUGGUUAGGGACUCGGUGUUUAGUUGUACAAAAUCAUGUAACCGUGCCCAUGGUGUUGGCGGAAUUCCAGAGUGUGGAUCUUCACGGUCGCUAGAGGCUACUAAUCAAGUGCAGGUGCAGCAACCUAUGGACGGUGACACCACAGCCUUGUACAGUUUGGUUAGCUCUGUGGAUUUGGAUGGCAGACCUCCUGCUUUGGUUAGCUCUGACAGUAGCUCAGGAGUGCCUUUGUGCAUCCAUGACAAGGACCGCAACACCUCCCCUUUGUGCCAUGCUGAAGCGAGGCAUGCUGCAGAUAGAGAUGAUGACGAAAAUUCUUCCGGGUGCACUCAUCCAUGCACCAUGGGAAAUAAUAAGAGCUAUAUGCCACAGUAUACGGGCGAUAGCAGGAUAAGGAAAAUGUUUGCCUCCAAGAUAAGGAAGGCAGCUCGUAAUAAGAUGUGUGGAGAGAUGUCCAAUAAAGGUAGCAAGCUAAAUUUAGGUGGAAAAAAGAUAUCCACCACACGCCAAAGAGUACAAAGAGCAAUGUUCAAGAGGCAAAAGCCAGUGCGCCGUCAUUUUACACCAUCUUCUGCUAAAGGGAUUCUAACUGAAGCUAGCGGGGCAUCAUUUUCUGUGGAAGGUCAAAAUCCAUUAUGUGGAUCUGAGGACUACAAUGGUAUAUUUUGCAUAUAUAGAUUUGUUAUAUUCUUCGUUAGCAUGAGAGCUUAUUGUAUUCCCCCCCUUCCUUUUUCAGUUAAGCUAAGAAUCAAGUCAUUCACCAUCCCGGAACUGUUCAUCGAGAUCCCUGAAAAUGCAACAGUUGGUUCAUUGAAGAGGACUGUAAUGGACGUUGUUACUAGUAUAAUUGAAAGUGGCCUCCGGGUUGGUGUUCUUCUUCAAGGAAAGAGUAUUCAAGAUGACAACAAGACACUUCGUCAAGCUAGAAUUUGCCACGGAGAAAAUCUAGAAAACAUAGACUUCACACUGGAAUGUGAAGCUGGGCAAAGCUCUUCCCAUGGGGUCAGAAUACCAGAGGAAAUGGAUUUUCAUGGUGCAGAUGCCAUGAAACCAUUAGCUAUGGUAAAGUGUGAAGAGCCCUUUUCUGAGACCAAGGCCGGUUAUAACAACCAGCAGCGUGUGCAGGCUUCUCCAAACCGUGUUCAGAGCGAACAUGGUUCUGUUCAUUCUCUUUUUGAAACAACUGCUCACGAAGCAUCAGCUAGCUCACAAGCCAUUGUUCCGGUUGCCUCUCCAAGCUCAGAGGCUCUAGCCAUUGUGCCUGUUUGCAAGUCAAAGCGGCCCGCUAUUGGGCAAAGACGAAUAAGGAGGCCCUUCUCCUUGCCUGAAGUGGAGGCACUAGUGGAAGCUGUUGAACAGCUUGGAACAGGAAGGUGGAGGGACGUUAAAAUGCUCGCGUUCGACAAUACUGAUCAUAGGACCUAUGUCGAUCUUAAGGACAAGUGGAAGACCCUGGUGCACACAGCGAGCAUAUCCCCGCAGCAGAGGCGGGGCGAGCCGGUGCCGCAGGGGCUGCUCGACCGCGUGCUGGCGGCGCAGGCCUACUGGUCCCAGCAGCAGCAGCAGGUGCUAUCAGGCAAGGCUUCAGGACAAGCCUGCUCCUCCAGCUGCUAAAGGAAAUCCAUCUCUGCCCUGCCUGCCUAGAGAGGAAAACUGAUACUCUGUAAAAAGAAAUGUUUAAAGGAGGUUGACUAAUUUUCUGUAUUUAUUCCAAAACUCACAGAUCAUUUUAUUUUCCUUUUCUUCUCUAUUUGCUGCUCAGGCCAGGUGCUCUCUUUCCUCUGUCGGUUAAUAAGAGAUACUAAACGCCUGGUCUCGACGGCCCCUUUGUAAAUGAUUUUAUAAACUAUUUGGAAUGUUUCACUAUUUACCAGAUGUUCAUAUAAAAACAGUUCAACAUUC